AUACUGCUGCAUCUGCCAGAAGAACACAUUUGCUUUGUGCAUUAAAAACCUUUGGACUGAAUGAAAGCAAAUACUCUAUGACAGGCCAUGCAAUUUUGUGUAGAAAUACUGCAUUUGAAAGGGAGAAGUAACAGUGGAACCAUAUCCCACUAUAGGAAAGAUGAAGACAGAUGAUUUUAUAGCUGGGUAUCUUGGAGGGGCUGCUAGUGUUAUUGUUGGACAUCCUUUGGACACUGUUAAGGCUCGAUUACAAGCUGGCCAAGGGUAUGGCAAUACAUUUAACUGUAUUCUUAGAAUUUACAGGAAUGAAAAUGUUACUGGGUUUUUUAAAGGAAUGUCAUUCCCUCUGGCCAGCAUAGCAAUUUACAACUCUAUAGUGUUUGGUGUUUUCAGCAAUGCACUAAAUUUUAUAAGUCAGCAUCGACAUACAGACAGAAAAUGCUCCCCGGACCUCAUAGACUUGACAAUUGCCAGCAUGUUAACAGGAUUGGUUUCUGUUGGGAUUGGUGGACCUGUUGACCUGGUGAAAAUAAAAUUACAAAUGCAAACGCAAACAGCCCUCUCAGAAGGACUGUCACUUAACCAGAAGACAUCACUCCUUUAUUAUCAAACAACAUACAGAGGCCCAAUACAUUGUGUUUACUACAUAUUGAGGAAGGAAGGUUUCACUGGAAUGUAUCGUGGAGCCGGAGCAAUGAUUCUCAGAGAUGUUCCAGGUUACUGCGUAUACUUCAUUCCCUACACAUAUAUUUGUAAGUGGCUGACACUAGAACAUCACAGCACUCCAAGCGCUUUCUCUGUGUGGCUGGCAGGUGGCAUUGCAGGAGCCAUCUCUUGGGGAACUGCUACUCCCAUGGAUGUAGUCAAAACUCGUCUUCAAGCUGAUAGCUUAUAUAAACGAAAAUAUAAAGGAGUUAAAGACUGUAUUUUACAAAGUUACCAAAAUGAAGGUCUUCAGGUCUUUUUUAGGGGACUCACAGUCAACACCAUACGUGGAUUCCCCAUGAGUGCUGCUAUGUUUCUGACCUAUGAACUUUCAUUGGAAGCCUUGAAGACUAAAAAGGAAUCUGACUAGUAGAAAUCAAGGCAUGAAGCAAUUGUAAUACAAUUAAUAACAUUUUGACUGUUUUCCUAUUGCCAAGAAAACCCCCUUGUUUGAUAAGUCAUUUAGCUGACUUAACUGUUAUUCAGGAUGUUUGGAAAGUUUUUCAUGCAAAAAAGUGGGGGGUUACACAUUUGUGUUAGAAGUCACAGUAAUUUGUAAAGACACCUUUAAAAAUGAUAGCAAGAAAGUCAUCUAGCAAAAGUCAUCUUCUUCCUACCACACACUUUAUGCUAGUGAAAAAGAAAGGAAAGUUCUGUUGUUGCGUCAAAGAGAUGAGGUCAAGAUCCUAAUCACACAUCUACAAUCAGAUAUCAGGAAUGUACUGUAGUCUUGUUCCCUUACAUUGUAUGUUACCAAAAAUAAAUAAUAUGAAACA